AUGAAAUAUACGAUGCACCUCUCACUGCUUUUAAUAGCAAUCGAAUUUUGUUUUAUCAAUGCCGCUUCGAUUAAUAAACAACAAAAACCAUCAGAAAAGCAUGCUGAUGUCACAGGACAACCGCCACUUCACCACAGUAAUAACACAAUGCCACGGCCACCUCAUCACGGCAACCAAACAGGAUCCGAUCAUCAUGGUAAUAACAUGGGAUCAGAUCACCCUUCUCCUUCAAAGAACGGAGCAUCAGAAGGUCCAAAUCAUCAUCCAACAGGAACACCACCGCCUCACAGACAAACAGCAUCAGCUGCUCACCGAGGAAAGAGAGCUAAGCAAACACCGCCAUCUUUCCGCAGUGGCGGAGCCAAAGGACAAGGAGUUGGAACACCACCACCUCCCCGAGGAAAUGAAACACGUCACGAUUCUCCUCUCAUGAAUCCAGGAGACCGCACUCACUCAGGUACACCAGGACCACUGAAUGGAAAGGGAAAACAAGCUGGUGGUUUUUCUCAAAAUAUUAAGAGUAAAAGGUCAUAA